AUGCUGUUGUCGAUACACUCGCUCCUAUUGACCGUUAUAACACUUCUGGCUGGAUUUGUUGCAGGUGAUGCCCAAGUUGUUAAGCCAAAGGCCAACUCUGAAUUCUCUGGUAGUAGUGGUACUAUUAGUAUCGAAAUUCAGUGGAUGGAUAAUAACGCGUAUCCUCCGUUCGAUAAGAUUGAUCAUUUUCUAUUUCAGUUACAGAACGGUCCCAACUCUAAUAUCCAAAAAGUCAAAGUCUUGAAAGAUAAUGUUUCUCCAGAUGAUGUUGAACAAGGGGAUGACGGGACUUAUAGCUAUACGGUGGAAUUUGAUUCUAGUAUUACAGGUGAUGGACAAUACUAUAUUCAAGUUUUUUCGGCACUCGACGCUGACAACAAACAAUAUACCAUCAAUUACUCGCCCAGAUUUGAAUUGACCGACAUGAAAGGAACCACUACAGUUACUUUCACUGAUACUACCCAACCUGUGGGUCAAACUAGAGCUCAAACGGGUACGACUGCUGCUAGUGUCGAUACACGUUCAUUCACAUUGCAAUAUACACAACAAACUGGUAUUUCAAGAUUUGCACCAAUGCAAAUGCAACCAGUCACGAAGAUAACUGCCACGACUUGGACCAGAAGAUUCGCUACGAGUGCGGUCACUUACUAUUCUUCGCUCAUAAACUCCUUACAACAGGAAACUACUCUCACGCCUGGUUGGUCCUAUACACUCCCCAGUGGCAUGAAUAUGGCUACACCAGCACCUUAUCCAUCAGACAACGGUGGCUGGAAGGAUCCUAAGGAGAGACAAAGUCUCUCAACAAGAAAGAUCAACUUGCGUAAAAGGGCUUUUAUCAAAUAG